AUGCUUUUUGACCUCUUUCCUGGGCCGACGGUUGAGAGUCGAUCUGGUGAUACGUUGAUUAUCAAUGUGACUAAUGACCUGCCGGAAGAGUCGAUUGCUUUCCAUUGGCACGGUCUUCAUGUAGCCAAUGGCAUGGAUGGAGCAGUAGCAGUUUCGCAAUGCCCGAUCGCAGCCGGAGAACAGUUUUUGUACAACCUGACGAUUCCUGCUAGCCAGAGUGGCACAUUUUGGUAUCAUUCUCACUCAGGAGUCUCACGGGCAGACGGUCUCUAUGGUGGGUUGGUUGUUCAUGCCCCGGCUUCCAAAUCAGCUGUUCGAGGCCGAGCUCCCGGAGACCAAGAUGGAGCUCACCACCUGCCAUAUGAUAAAGAGGUGUUGCUUCUUAUCGGAGAUUGGUACCAUCGAUCUGCGAGAGACGUCCUUGACUGGUAUACAGAUCCUGGGAAUUUUGGAAACGAGCCUGUUCCUGACUCACUUCUGAUAAAUGGAGUAGGAUAUUUUGAUUGCAAGAUGGCCGUUACUGCUAGGCCAGUGGACUGUAUGGAUCAGGCUUUGAUUUCAUUCCUUGAUCUCAAUCCUCGGUUGAAAUAUCGCAUCCGUGUGGUCAACACUGGAUCUCUUGCUGGGUUUAGUCUCAAAUUUGAUUAUUGGGUGGAUCUGAUUCAAGUAGAUAGCGUGGAUGUCGAACGCCCUAGAGAUGAAGAUAUUAACUCCAUCGGUAUACUUUACCCCGGACAACGAAUGGACUUCAUUCUUCGGCCACCACCGCAGAACGCCGAGAAUGAACUCACCGUGGCAGUUCAAUUAGAUCAAGAGUGCUUUAAGUAUGCUAACCCGGCAUUGACUCCGAAUCAAACUUUCCCUUUGAGUCACAAGCCUCGUCCUCUAUCCGACGCUCAAACCAAGUCUUCUAUCCGGAUCCAUCAUCUCAACAUUCAAGAUGUUCCAUCUUCAUCCUCAAUACUUCAAGCUAUCCCCCACGUCGCACAGCAAACACAUGUUGUAUACACCAAAAUCCAAAAGAUGGCCCGGCAUUCCAACAGACCACUUGGGUACUUCAAUCAAACCACAUGGAGUCCCCAAAAAGACCCAUCUGCUCCUUUAGUAUCUUUACCACGAAAAGAGUGGGAUACAAACCAAUUCGUGAUAUCCACGGGUCCAUCGCCCGCGUGGGUGGACUUGGUAAUCAACAACCUAGACGAAGGAUCUCAUCCAUUCCACCUGCACGGCCACCACUUCUACGUCCUCAAGACCCAUCAAUCUGAAUACGGCUGGGGCUCCUACAACCCUUUCGUCGAUGAAGCCCCACCCCACCUUUCUUCUGAAACAGAUUUGAGAUCUAAAGUUGGACAUGACUCAGAAGAUGCAAGCAUUCCACUGUACGACCUAAACAGGGCUGCUUUGCGCGACACAGUGCAGAUUCCUAGUCGCGGCUAUGCUGUGCUCCGCUUCAGGGCUGAUAAUCCUGGUGUGUGGCUUUUGCAUUGCCAUGUUCUUUGGCACUCAGCUACGGGUAUGGCUAUGUUGAUUGAUGUUCAAGAUGAAUCGGCAGGAUUAGCUGCACAUGACGUGGAGUCAUUUUCCAAUGCAGGUGGACUGUGUCCAUUCGUUUAA